GAUGGCAGCCAUUUUUUCUGAGUGAGGAAGAGGUAGGUACUGAAGCCCCACCCCUUUACAUUUGGUAUCAUUGAAAAGCUCUAAAUGUCUUCUGUAGAAACCAAAAGGAGUUAAUUCAGUAGUAUGCAGUGGGUGGGAGAUAUUGAGGUUUACAAUGGUUUGAACUACUGGUAGUCAGGAGACUAUGUGAAGGAGUAAUUAUUAUGUCCGCCAGGGGGCAGCCUCCAGAAACUGAGCACAGGAAGUGAUCGGACGGUAAAAGAAGGCGGAAGUAAACAUGGCUCAGGAGAAGAGCAUGGCGGUGUCGGAGUUCCUCAGUAACGCAGAGUUAUUAAAACAGGGAGCAGAGGCCAGGGUGUACAGAACUAAGUUUCUGGGGAAGCCAACCAUCUUGAAGGAAAGGUUCCCGAAACGUUACCGACACCCGGUGCUGGACGAGAAGCUGACACACCGGAGGACGGUGCAGGAGGUCCGCUCCAUACUGCGCUGCCGCAAAGCAGGUGAGUGAGACCGCAAACCGCCCCCUCCUGGUUCCCGCAGACUGCUGGAUACUGUCUCUCAGCAUAUCAGUAGUGUUUCUGAUCUAUGUUUAAAAAAUCUUUGUCAGAAAUGGACUGAUUUAGGGUCGUUAGGAUAUCAGAAUGUUGAACUUCUACACAGAACUAGUAAAGAUAAAUAGAGCUGCUCUGCCUAUCUGUCUCCGGUGUGGCGGAGUUUCUCACUCCGUGGCUGCAACUGUAGCAUUACACUGUAUCUGCAGAAGUCUCCUGCUGCAAGACGUUGUCACCGUUUGUGUAGUGACAGUAAUAUGCACGUUUUCAGUGCACUAUAAAGAGAAAAAACGCCGGUGUCCUCUCUGGUCUGCUAGCCGUAAAUUGUUUCGUUUGUGGUCCCGACCCGACCACUGGCUCCUGUUUUACCCGUUAUCACUCUUUAGAAAUAGCUUAUCCUCACACAGAUGGACUCAUUCACUGUUGCAGGUGACAGAGAGACAUCAGCAGAAAUUAAAAAUUUGUUCAAAUCUAGUUAAAAGUUCGCUACAAGAACUUUUAAUUCUAUCAAAUGUGAAAAUAAUGGAUAGAUCAACUGAAAAUGUAAGAAAAUAUUUUUUGAAAGAUAGCUAAGUAGAUAUUUUUUUGGUUUUACUUUUUAAAGAAGUAAAAGAAAUUUACACCAAAAAUCAAGGCACAAGAAUGCAUUAGAAUAAAGAAAAGAUCAAGUUUAAUGCUCCAAAUUCUGUUAGGUCGAAAUGCCAGGGUUUUAUUUUAAAUAUGGAAUUUCAAAUUUUAUUCAAAUUCAAUUUCAAUUUAAAACUGAGUGUCACAAUUCUCAAAAAAGAGGAUAACUGAUCCUGCAGGUCAGACUGAAAAAAUAAAUAAAUAAACUGGCAGUCAGAAUCAGCAAAGAAAUAAGGAAAGACAAAAUGAUCUUAAAAGGUAAAAAAAAAUCAGUUUCAUGUUGAAACUCAUUGAUUUACUGUUCUUGUUAUUUAAUUGUUUUCAUGAUGGUCAUUUUUCCACCCAUGGUGUGCUGUUAAUGCUGCGUUCGAUUUACCUCAGAAGCCAGAUGUCAGAGCUGGGAAUGACAUCACACCCUAGUUACCAGUGUUUCAGUUACCAAAUCGGGAAAAAGCAAAAUCAGAGGUGAAAACAAGAUGGCUACAUCUACGAAAGUUAUUUUAACGCUUGCCUUGUCCGGAUAUAACAAGGAUGCUGGUAACUCGGGUGUGACGUUAUUCCCAGCUCCGACAUCUGACUUCCGAGGUAAAUCGAACACAGCAUUAAUCUGUCCAUAUUUAAUACAGAUCUCAGCAUUGUCAACAUAAAUGAUGUUACAACCUGCUAUCUAAAGUAUUUUGGCUUUUCAUUAGUCUUUUGACAAUAAUACAAAAAUACAGUGUAAUAUGAUUCUCAUUACAAAUUUUUAAGGUCUGCAGUGUGUGAUGUCUGAUCUCCCUCCUCUCUUUUCUCUCCAGGAAUAUCUACCCCUGUCGUCUACUUCGUGGACUACACCACCCACUGUAUUUUCCUGGAGGAAAUCGUUGGAUCCUUGACAGUGCGUGACCACAUCGCAUCAGCUCAGCAGCCUGGUUCCUGUGCAGAUGCAGAGCUCGAGCAGCUGGCGAAGAGGAUCGGACAGAUCCUGGCCAAAAUGCAUGAUGAGGACGUGAUUCACGGAGACCUGACCACCUCUAACAUGUUGCUGAGACGCAGACCAGAGAACAAGGAGUCCGACUUAGUCCUCAUUGAUUUUGGCCUGAGUUAUAACUCUGCCCUGCCAGAGGAUAAGGGGGUGGACUUGUAUGUGCUGGAGAAAGCCUUCCUUAGUACCCACCCGAACACAGAGUCUCUGUUUGAGAAGCUGCUGAAGAGUUAUGCUGCAUCAUCCAAGAGGUCAGCAGCAGUCAUCAAAAAGCUGGACGAGGUUCGGUUGAGAGGGAGGAAGAGGUCGAUGGUGGGAUGAUGAAGGGGUUUGUGUAAAGGGACAGACAUCUUUGGAAAUAAUCAUUGAAAAACAUGUUUGAUUUAAAAAGCUGGUAUUGUACAGAAAAGGAUUGUUUUAUUUUAAGUAAAACCCUCAAAUAAAAACAACUGUUUGCUAUAAAACAAA